CUCCAUAUAAAAGCGGCGCCGCCUACCCGCCCUCUCUCACUCCCCGCUCCUCUCCGCGGCGCGCUCUCCGCGGAGCUAGGAGAGGGCGGAGGAGGCGGCGGCGCACAGCGCCAGGAGGAGGGGGGGACGCAGGGGGCGGAGCGGAGGCAGCACCUUCGGAGAUAAUCCUUUCUCCUGCCGCAGAGGAGAGGAGCGGCCGGAGAGGGAAGCACGGCGGCCGGCAGGAUGGCGACCGUGGUCAUGGAAGCCUCCGAGCCGGAGCCCUCCGGUAGCAUCACCAAUCCUGCGGCAUCCACCUCGCCCAGCCUGUCGCACCGCUUCCUCGACAGCAAAUUUUACCUGCUGGUGGUCGUUGGCGAGAUCGUGACCGAGGAGCACCUGAGGCGCGCCAUCGGCAACAUCGAGCUUGGAAUCCGAUCAUGGGACACAAACCUGAUUGAAUGCAACUUGGACCAAGAACUGAAACUUUUUGUAUCUCGACACUCUGCAAGAUUCUCUCCUGAAGUUCCAGGACAAAAAAUCCUUCAUCACCGAAGUGACAUCUUAGAAACUGUGGUUCUGAUCAACCCGUCCGAUGAAGCAGUCAGCACUGAGGUGCGCUUGAUGAUCACUGAUGCUGCCCGGCACAAGCUGCUGGUGCUGACCGGGCAGUGCUUUGAAAAUACUGGAGAGCUCAUUCUCCAGUCCGGCUCUUUCUCCUUCCAGAACUUCAUAGAGAUUUUCACCGAUCAAGAGAUUGGGGAAUUACUGAGCACUACCCACCCAGCCAAUAAAGCCAGCUUAACCCUGUUCUGUCCUGAAGAAGGGGACUGGAAGAACUCCAAUCUUGACAGACACAAUCUCCAAGACUUCAUCAAUAUUAAACUCAACUCAGCAUCUAUACUGCCAGAAAUGGAAGGACUUUCAGAGUUUACCGAGUAUCUCUCAGAAUCAGUGGAAGUCCCAUCUCCCUUUGACAUCCUGGAACCUCCCACAUCUGGUGGAUUUCUAAAGUUGUCCAAGCCCUGCUGUUACAUUUUUCCAGGGGGGAGAGGCGAUUCUGCAUUAUUUGCAGUGAAUGGAUUCAAUAUGCUCAUCAAUGGAGGAUCAGAAAGAAAAUCAUGCUUCUGGAAGCUCAUCCGGCACUUGGACCGAGUGGACUCCAUCCUGCUCACCCACAUUGGGGAUGACAAUUUGCCUGGAAUAAACAGCAUGCUACAGCGAAAAAUAGCAGAGCUCGAGGAAGAGCAGUCUCAGGGCUCCACCACAAAUAGUGACUGGAUGAAAAACCUCAUCUCCCCCGACUUAGGAGUCGUGUUUCUCAAUGUACCUGAAAAUCUGAAAAACCCAGAACCAAACAUCAAGAUGAAGAGAAGCAUAGAAGAAGCUUGUUUCACUCUCCAGUACCUAAACAAAUUGUCCAUGAAACCAGAACCUCUAUUUAGAAGUGUAGGCAAUACAAUCGAUCCUGUCAUUCUUUUCCAAAAAAUGGGAGUUGGUAAGCUUGAGAUGUAUGUGCUUAACCCAGUCAAGAGCAGCAAGGAAAUGCAGUAUUUUAUGCAGCAGUGGACUGGCACUAACAAAGACAAGGCAGAACUAAUUCUGCCUAAUGGUCAAGAAGUAGAUAUCCCAAUUUCUUAUUUAACUUCAGUCUCAUCUUUGAUUGUGUGGCAUCCAGCAAACCCUGCAGAGAAAAUCAUCCGAGUCCUGUUUCCUGGAAACAGCACCCAAUACAACAUCCUAGAAGGACUGGAAAAGCUCAAACAUUUAGAUUUCCUGAAGCAGCCACUGGCCACCCAGAAAGAUCUCACUGGCCAGGUGGUCACAACCACAGUGAAACAAGUAAAACUGAAACAACGGGCUGAUAGCCGAGAAAGCCUGAAGCCAGCCACAAAACCACUUACCAGCAAAUCUGUGCGGAAGGAGUCUAAAGAAGAAACCCCUGAUACCACAAAAGCUAACCAUGUAGAAAAGCCAUCCAAAGUUGAAAGCAAAGAAAAGGUAACAGUGAAAAAGGACAAACCAGCAAAAGCAGAGACCAAACCUCCAGUGACCGAAAAGGAGGUGCCCAGCAAGGAAGACCAGCCUUCAGUGAAAGCCGACAUGGCUGAAAAGCAAGCCACAGACGUCAAACCCAAAACUGCCAAAGAGAAGGUGGUGAAAAAGGAGACAAAGUUAAAAUCUGAAGAAAAGAAAGAGGAGAAGGAAAAGCCAAAGAAGGAAGUGGCUAAAAAGGAGGAGAAACCAGCUAUCAAGAAGGAGGAAAAACCAAAAAAGGAAGAAGUCAAAAAAGAAGUCAAGAAAGAAAUCAAGAAAGAAGAGAAAAAGGAAUCCAAAAAAGAGGUUAAGAAAGAAACACCACUGAAGGAAACCAAGAAGGAAGUUAAGAAGGAAGAAAAGAAGGAAAUUAAAAAGGAAGAAAAGGAGCCCAAAAAAGAAAUUAAGAAGCUCCCUAAAGACGUAAAGAAACUAUCUACUCCUCUAUCUGAAGCAAAAAAACCAGCUGCAUUAAAACCAAAAGUACCCAAAAAGGAUGAGUCUGUCAAGAAAGAUGCUGUUGCUGCUGGGAAGCCAAAGGAGAAGGGGAAAAUUAAAGUCAUUAAGAAGGAAGGCAAGACUACAGAGGCUGCAGCUGUGGCCAUCGGCACUGUGGCAACUGCAGCAGCCGUGGGAGCUGUGGCUGGAAUAGCAGCCACUGGCCCUGCCAAAGAACUUGAAGCCGAGAGGUCUCUUAUGUCAUCCCCUGAGGAUCUAACCAAGGACUUUGAAGAGUUAAAGGCUGAAGAAGUCGAUGUAGCAAAGGACAUCAAGCCUCAGCUGGAGUUGAGAGAAGAUGAAGAGAAACUCAAGGAAAGUGAACCAGUCGAAGCCUAUGUCAUCCAGAAAGAGACAGAAGUCAUCAAAGGUCCUGCUGAGUCCCCCGAUGAGGGGAUCACCACCACUGAAGGGGAGGGCGAGUGUGAGCAAACACCUGAGGAGCUGGAACCAGUUGAAAAGCAAGGAGUGGAUGAUAUUGAAAAAUUUGAAGAUGAAGGAGCUGGUUUUGAAGAAUCCUCAGAGACUGGAGACUAUGAAGAGAAGGCAGAAACCGAGGAUGCUGAGGAGCCAGAAGAGGAAGGUGAAGAAAACGUGUACAUGAGAACCUCUAAGCACAGCCUCGUUGAGGAUGAGGAAAGCGCGAAGGCUGAGGCAGAUGUGUACAUCAAGGAGAAGAGGGAGUCUGUGGCCAGUGGUGAUGACCGAGCAGAAGAAGAUAUGGAUGAGGCAGUUGAGAAAGGGGAAGCUGAACAAUCUGAGGAAGAAGGUGAUGAGGACAAAGCAGAAGAUGCCAGAGAGGAAGGAUAUGAGCCUGAAAAAAUUGAAGCUGAAGAUUAUGUGAUGGCUGUGGUUGACAAGGCUGCAGAGGUUGGUGGUAUUGAGGAUCAGUAUGGAUUCCUUACCACAUCAGCCAAGCAGCUGGGAGCCCAAUCUCCUGCCCAGGAACCUGCAUCUUCAAUUCAUGAUGAGACUUUACCUGGAGGCUCAGAGAGUGAAGCCACCGCUUCUGAUGAGGAGAAUAGAGAAGACCAGCCUGAGGAAUUCACUGCCACCUCUGGUUAUACUCAGUCCACCAUUGAGAUAUCCAGUGAGCCCACACCAAUGGAUGAGAUGUCUACCCCUCGUGACGUGAUGAGUGAUGAGACCAACAAUGAAGAGACAGAGUCCCCAUCUCAGGAGUUCGUAAACAUUACCAAAUACGAGCCUUCAAUGUAUUCUCAGGAAUACUCCAAACCUACUAUUACAGCACUCAAUGGAUUAUCUGAUGGGUCAAAAACAGAUGCCACUGAUGGCAAGGAUUACAAUGCUUCAGCCUCCACCAUAUCACCACCCUCAUCCAUGGAGGAAGACAAAUUCAGCAAAUCCGCUCUGCAUGACGCUUACUAUUCUGGAGAGAAAGAAGUGAAAGCCAGUGCCACGCUGGAGAUCAAAGACACUUCAGCAGAUUCGGAUGAAAAACUUAGCUCAUCCAAGAGCCCGUCCCUGAGUCCAUCUCCACUAUCACCCAUAGAAAAGACCCCUCUGGGUGAACGUAGUGUGAACUUCUCUCUGACACCCAAUGAAAUUAAAGUCGCAGCAGAGCCGGAAGCAGUCCCAGUGUCUCCUGAGGUGACUCAAGAAGUCGUUGAAGAACAUUGUGCUAGUCCUGAGGAAAAGACCCUGGAAGUGGUGUCUCCAUCUCAGUCUGUGACUGGCAGUGCUGGCCACACACCUUACUACCAAUCUCCCACUGAUGAAAAAUCCAAUCACCUCCCCACAGAAGUCAUCGAGAAACCACCAGCAGUUCCAGUGAGUUUUGAAUUUGAUGAUGCCAAAGAUGAGAGUGAAAAGCCUUCCUUAAGCCCAAUGGAUGAACCAGUGCCUGAUUCAGAGUCUCCUAUUGAAAAAGUUUUAUCUCCUUUACGCAGCCCUCCCUUAAUUGGAUCAGAGUCUGCAUAUGAACAUUUUCUAAGUGCUGAUGACAAGGCUCUGGACAGAUGUACUGAAAGUCCCUUUGAAGGAGAGAAUGGAAAACAAAGCUUUCCAGAUCAAAUAAGUCCAGUUUCUGAAGUAACUUCCACUGGCCUUUUCCAAGAGAAACAAGAAAGGGACAGCACAGACUUUAUAUCAGUAAAGGAAGACUUUGGUCAAGAAAAGAAAACUGAUGAUGUUGAAGCCCUGAGUUCUCAACCAGGACUGGCUUUGGAUGAAAGGAAAUUAGGAGGUGAUGUUUCUCCUACACAAAUAGAUGUCAGUCAGUUUGGAUCUUUUAAAGAAGACACCAAAAUGUCCAUUUCUGAAGGUACUGUCUCAGACAAGUCAGCUACUCCUGUUGAUGAGGGUGUAGCAGAAGACACAUACUCUCAUAUGGAGGGUGUGGCUUCAGUCUCCACAGCAUCCGUGGCUACGAGCUCAUUUCCAGAGCCAACAACAGAUGAUGUGUCUCCUUCUCUGCAUGCUGAGGUUGGCUCCCCGCAUUCCACAGAAGUGGACGACUCCCUUUCAGUGUCUGUUGUGCAAACGCCUACCACUUUCCAGGAAACAGAAAUAUCUCCUUCUAAAGAAGAAUGCCCAAGACCAAUGUCAAUCUCUCCACCAGAUUUCUCCCCUAAAACAGCCAAAUCCAGGACACCAGUUCAAGAUCACAGAUCUGAACAGUCCUCGAUGUCUAUUGAAUUUGGUCAAGAAUCCCCUGAGCACUCCCUUGCUAUGGACUUCAGUCGACAGUCUCCAGAUCACUCUACAGUGGGUGCAAGUAUGCUUCACAUCACAGAAAAUGGGCCAACUGAAGUGGACUAUAGUCCUUCUGACAUGCAGGACUCUAGUUUAUCGCGUAAGAUACCACCAAUGGAGGAGCAGUCCUACACCCAAGACAAUGAUCUUUCUGAGCUCAUUUCAGUAUCUCAAGUAGAGGCCUCCCCAUCCACCUCUUCUGUACAUACCCCUUCUCAGAUAGCUUCUCCUCUCCAAGAAGAUACUCUAUCUGAUGUUGUUCCUCCCAGAGAUAUAUCCUUAUAUGCCUCACUCACCUCUGAAAAAGUGCAAAGUCUGGAAGGAGAGAAGCUUUCACCAAAAUCUGAUAUCUCUCCACUGACCCCAAGAGAAUCCUCUCCUUUAUAUUCACCUAGUUUCUCAGAUUCUACCUCUGCAGUCAAAGAGAACAUAGCAGCUAGCUAUAGUUCCUCUUCUCCACCAAUGGAUGCAGCAUCUGCAGAGCCCUAUGGCUUCCGUGCCUCGAUGUUAUUUGAUACAAUGCAACACCAUCUAGCCUUGAAUAGGGAUUUGACCACAUCUGGUAUGGAGAUGGAUAGUGGAGGGAAGACACCUGGUGAUUUCAGCUAUGCCUAUCAAAAGGCCGAGAAAACAACCAGAUCCCCAGAUGAAGAAGGUUAUACCUAUGAGUCUUAUGAGAAAACCACCCGGACCCCAGAUGUUGGCGGCUAUUACUAUGAGAAGACAGAAAGAACCUCAGAAUCACCAAGUGACAGUGGCUACACCUAUGAGACCAUUGAGAAAACCACCAAGACCCCUGAAGAUGGUGGUUAUGCCUAUGAAAUUACAGAAAAGACCACACGGACCCCCGAAGAGGGUGGGUACUCGUACGAGAUAAGUGAGAAGACGACAAAGUCCCCCGAAGUGAGUGGUUAUAGCUGUGAAAAGACUGAAAGGUCUAGAAGGCUCCUGGAUGACAUCAGCAAUGGCUACGAUGACUCUGAGGUUGGAGGCCAUGCACUUGGGGAUUCCAGCUAUUCUUACAAGACCCCUGAGAAAAUUUCCAGUUUCCCUGAGUCUGAAAGUUACUCCUAUGAGACACCUACAAAAACGAUGCGGACCCCUGACACUUCCACAUACUGUUAUGAGACCACAGAGAAAAUCACUAGAACCCCCCAGGCAUCUACAUAUUCCUAUGAGACUUCAGACCGAUACUAUGCUGCAGAAAAGAAGUCCCCCUCAGAGGCCCGCCAGGAUGUUGAUCUAUGCCUUGUGUCCUCCUGUGAAUACAAGCAUCCUAAGACAGAGCUUUCACCCUCCUUCAUUAAUCCCAAUCCUCUAGAGUGGUUUGCCAGUGAAGAGCCAACUGAAGAGUCCGAGAAGCCCCUCACUCAGUCAGGGGGAGCUCCGCCACCCCCAGGAGGGAAACAACAGGGACGGCAGUGUGAUGAAACCCCUCCCACCUCAGUCAGUGAGUCGGCCCCAUCACAGACAGACUCGGAUGUUCCCCCGGAGACUGAAGAGUGCCCCUCCAUCACAGCCGAUGCAAAUAUCGACUCUGAAGAUGAAUCUGAAACCAUUCCCACAGACAAAACCGUCACCUACAAACACAUGGACCCACCUCCAGCUCCCGUGCAAGACCGCAGCCCUUCCCCACGCCACCCUGAUGUGUCCAUGGUGGAUCCUGAGGCAUUGGCCAUUGAGCAGAACCUUGGCAAAGCUCUGAAGAAAGACCUGAAAGAGAAGACCAAAACCAAAAAGCCGGGUACAAAGACCAAGUCAUCUUCACCUGUCAAAAAGGGCGAUGGGAAGUCCAAGCCCUCUGCUGCUUCACCAAAACCAGGGGGCUUGAAGGAAUCCUCAGAUAAGGUGUCCAGAGUGGCUUCUCCUAAGAAGAAAGAAUCUGUGGAAAAGGCAACAAAACCCACCAGCACUCCUGAGGUCAAAGCUGCACGUGGAGAAGAGAAAGACAAGGAGACCAAAAAUGCCACCAACACCUCUACAUCCAAGUCAGUAAAGACCGCAACUGCAGGACCAGGAAACACCAAGACAGCCAAGUCCUCGGCUGUGCCUCCAGGCCCCCCUGUGUAUUUGGACCUGUGCUAUAUCCCCAACCACAGCAAUAGUAAGAAUGUUGAUGUCGAAUUUUUCAAGAGAGUGAGAUCCUCCUACUACGUGGUGAGUGGGAACGACCCUGCUGCAGAGGAGCCCAGCCGGGCUGUCCUGGACGCCUUGCUGGAAGGGAAGGCUCAGUGGGGCAGCAACAUGCAGGUGACCCUGAUCCCAACCCAUGACUCCGAAGUGAUGAGGGAGUGGUACCAGGAGACCCACGAGAAACAGCAAGACCUCAGCAUCAUGGUCUUAGCAAGCAGCAGCACAGUGGUUAUGCAAGACGAAUCCUUCCCUGCCUGCAAGAUUGAACUGUAAAGACCAAGGCCGGCCACACCACAGGAUUUGAACUCUGUUCCCAGAAAUUCUUCAAUUUGAAACCACCUUUUCUAAGAAGUCAACCCGUCUAAUUAAGUUGCUGAACUAUAUUACCUGCCAAAUGCUAUAUUGUAUCAUGGUGAUGCAAGUCACCAAUAUUUCUCAGUUUUUGCUGAUUGCUAAGGGAAGUAACAGUAUUCCCGCAAUAGGGUUCAAAUUACUGCAAAAUUACCUACCCCAGUUCAUCUCUGCUGAACACUUGGAAACCAUGCACUAGCAAGCCCAACUGACUUCUGCUAGGUAGAGGCAUUUGUCUUAGAGAGAGAGAGAGAGAGAGAGAGAGAGAGAAAGAGAGAGAGAGAGCAAGAGAGAGAGAAUGCAGGAAAGAGAAAAAGAGAAUGAGAAAGAAAAAGAAUGCAAGAGAAGGAGAUAUAAUGGAGAGAGUGCUGGUGAGAUGCCCAGAGAGAAAAAGAGAGAGCAGGGUGUAAGGAGAAAAUAACCAACAAUUGAGUCUGCAUUUUCUCAGGCAAAUAGGUAUUCUGUAGUCUACGUAGGCAAAGUUUUCAAUUUGUGUCAGUCUGAGUCAUCCAAAAGGGUCUUAAUUUUCUAAAAGAUGCUAUCUAGAGGAAAACCAAAAGAAUAAGAUUUGUUAUGAAGGCACGUGAGAUUUCCAUGCCUUAAGCUCCUUCAGUUUGAAGGCUGCACACUGACAUAACAUAGUGAGUGUAGACUGGACACGCAAGUGGUUUGAGCCCCACUCAGAACUCUCAGACUUAAAACACACAAGUAGAUUGAUCUAAGGCAUGCUCCCAGCAUUUGUCCACCCACUUAGUCCACUCUGAGUCAAUUAACCUGCAUGCAUCAACACCCAAGUCCACCGCAAUUAACUGAAGCAAAUACCAAAGCAGUUGGGAGUACAUAUGGUAGACAAUUUGCCUUAGAAAGUGACUUGAAUGUACAAAGAUACUUGAUGCACUUAUUUUUUAAUGUGAGACAGCAAGUUUAUAAAACAUCUGUGUAGGAUUAUAGAUACUCCAGUUAAAGGAGCAUGUGCAUGCACGUGCGGGGUACUAGAAGCUGACCUGACUGGUACAACAGUUUGAUGCUGAGUCAUGUGUGUUAACACCACCUUGGCGCACCCACAGCCCUCUCAGCCAAACAUGUUGAGCUUUUCAUGGCUUCUUUACUACUGCAAAUUCAAGAUUGAAAUGGCUUCUAUGGUCAGAACUGGGGAAACAGUGAAUCUUACAGUGGAAGAGGUUCUCAGCAAGUGUACAGUAUUUACCUUCCUUUGUCUUACAUUGGCUUUUUUUUAUUUUCCAUUAAUUUCAACAUAAUUAUGGGAACAAGUGUACAGAAGAAUUUUUUUUUUUAGAUAUGUGAGAACUUUUCAUAGAUGAACUUUUUAACAAAUAUUUUCAUUUACAGGAAAAUGCAAAGAAAAUUUUCAAGUGACAGUCUUUUUUUUUUUUUUUAAGUAUUUCGUAAGACAAAAAAUUGAAUAAUGCUUUUGAAGUUCUGGUGAGCCUGAAGUCUGAUAUUGCAGUAAUAAUAUUUAUUAAAAGCCCAUAAGUUCCAGGAAUAAUGAUACCUCCCACCCUUUGAUUCCCAUAACAUAAAAAUCUGAGUAUGUGCUUUUUGAGAGUGGGGAAGAAUGGCAAGGGAGGCUGCUUUAUUGGGCCUUUACCGGCACACCACCCAGUGGUAUCCUGCAUACUUCUUUCAACAUGUUCAACCAUGAGGUAAAAGAACCACGACAAGUUCAAAGCACCCUAGCGCAAAUUUGCUUUGGGAUUUUCUUUUCUGGAUAAAAAAAUAAAUAAAAGAAAUGAUACACUGAAAGCAAAUGAAUUCCCAACUCCUACAUUUCAUCAUGUAGAGUUCAGAGAUCACUUCCAUCAUUGGAUCAUGAUUCAAACUGACGUCAGGUUCCAAGACGCACAUCAGUGCAUCCAGCGAUCAGACGUGGCGAAGUUCUCAGUGACAACCGUGCUGUGCUCUGUCACGUUGCCCUUCCUACAGACUCUAAGAUCUACGGAGUAGUGAACAAUGACCUCAUUUUAUUUUCUAUGUUAGUUAUUUAUUUCAGAAUUAACAUCGUUAGUUUAUUUUUGUCUGAUGAGUGUAUGUUUUGCACUGCUAACAAUUAUGAGGAUUUAAACAAUGCUUUUUCGGGGUCCCCUCACUGAGGGCCUGUGCAGUCUACUUAAUGCUGUGAAUUACAUUUUUCAAAUGUUUAAUUUUUUUUUUAAUUAAUACUCUUUUUUUUUUUAGGCUUCUCUAGGAAUGCAGCUUUUAUUUAUUACCCUGUUUCUUUUGGGUCCUAAAAAUAACACAUUAAGGGUACAAAAAAAUUAAACAUACAAUGGAAAAGUCGUGAUGAAAACGAAUCUCAUUGAGUAUAAACUCAUCUACUUUAGACUUAUUUUAUCAUAAACAAACUAAGAUACUCAACAGCUAACCAUUAAAUAAUGAUCUUGAGUAUCUUAGUUAUCUUAAAUUGAAUUGUUCCACAUAAUCCCUGCAAGGAGAAACAGAUUUGUAGCCUUCUUGCCAAAUCCAGACCUCUGGUUGAUUUUUCUUUGAUAGAAGAUGGCAUUAUUUUCCAAUUUCCAAAAUUAAAUUUGUUUAACAUGUACAUUAUCUUGCUUUAAAAAGUACAAACAUUGUAGGAGAAUUAUAGCCAGUCUUCAAUUAUAACCACUCUACCCCACUGCUCUUCUCUUUUCUUUUUCUGCGAUGAGAUGUAAUGGGAAACAUAUACAAAAACUGUCACUGGGUCAGCUGGCUCUUUUUCUUAUGAACUAUUUCAGUACCUUUUCUCCACCCAUUGUUCUCAAUGAUGACCACAAAACCUGAGUAUACCAGGAAAACCAAUAUUUGCAUUACAGGUUGCUCCUGUCCUUCCAGAAACCUCUCCUACCUGUGUGACUAACCUAAUUUUGCUGGUCCCAUGCUACACAGUCAGUUUAGUAACAGCCGUCACAACAUACCAUGUACAUUCAUGGUGAGAGCUAGCGAUCAGCACCGACUUCUAGGAGCUUUGUUUGAUACUGAUGACUUACUCCGAUUGUAUAGAUUGAAUAUUUGGAUGGAAGGAACUUAAUCUCUGUUUAUACUAUGGGAUCCAUUGAGAUAGCAUUCAUGAUCAUGACCUUUUGGGUAGUAUUCUUAAACAAAAUUCUACGAAGACUAAAUGUUAGAGAUGAUCCUCUGUUUCAAUUUUAACCAAAUCUCUCUCCCCUUUCUCCAAGCCCCAAGCCCCGUGCAUGCUUUCUCAGUCUUGUGGUGGGACUGGAUACAAUGACUCCCCCUCUCCCUCUUAAACACCAUUUCCCAUGGAGUUCAAAGAAAAUUUUUUUUUCCUUAACCUUACAUAUCAUAGUGAAUGGUUUCCCCAGUGUAUAUGAAUGUUUUAAAUGUCUCCAAUAGUUUAGGAGCUUUCCAAUACUCAUUUAAAUAAGAUUUAAUCAUUUGCUAAUGGAAUUUUGCCAACUUCCGUUUUCCCUUUUUUACCAAAUUUCAGCUCUCUGGAGCUGUUCUGCAAUCCUGAAAUUGCUUUUAUUGCCUCUCUUUAGUCACCUAUCACAGGAGGUUCUUGCUCAGUAAUGAUAUUGUGAGUUAGGAUAAUAACCUUUUUUUGCACUUCAGAUUUAGAAGCAAAGAUCUUAUUUCCAUUUUAAAGGAAAUGUCAGCUUUUAUCUUUUAACCAACUGAACAACACACCAAAAGCAGCCUAGGGAUGAGCAUUUCUUUGAAAGCAAUUAGGUUAUUCACCUGAUAUUAAAACUACAUGCUAUUUUAAAAAUCUGUCUGUGACUUUACUAAGUUAAUUUAAAAGGCAGCAUCAAAAACUGAGAAGGAAGGGAAAAAAACAGCUUCUCUGCACUCGUUUGGCACUCCUCAAAACGGGAGCCAUCAAGAAGAGGCAUGAAGACCAGGCUGUUCUUGAGACACAUCUGGCAGCUCAGUCACACUUCCCGCGCUGCAUGCAGCCUUCCUCUUUCCGGCCCUGGAAAGAAGUGGUCUUGAGCCCCACUGAGAAGCACCUCACACUCCUCUCUCUUGUUCUGAAUGGUGUUUGUGUCAGUCUGCAGCUGUGUAUGGUAUUAUGUCUUAUAAUCCUGCAUCACUUCUAUCCUAUCCAGUCAUAUCUAAUGUAGAAAAUUAGUUUCCAGUGAAAGUAAUAUGUAGUGCUUUUAUGAUAUUUGUGUGCAAUAUCCCCUCUUCCAUUGAGGAUAUUUGAUGUAAAGGAGGAAAAAAAAAAAAAAGAACUCAGUUCCACAAUAAAAUACAAAAGUG